AUGGAGGGUCCAUCUCGUGUGUACCUUUUUGGAGACCAGACCAGCGACAUCGAAGCUGGCCUGCGCCGUCUGCUCCAAGCGAAGAAUAGUACCAUUGUCCAGUCCUUUUUCCAGCAAUGCUUCCAUGCAAUUCGUCAAGAGAUCGCGAAGCUCCCGCCGUCUCAUCGGAAGCUCUUCCCACGCUUCACGAGCAUCGUUGAUCUCCUUUCCAGGAGUCGUGAAUCAGGUCCUAGCCCUGUCCUGGAGAGUGCAUUGACAUGCAUCUACCAAUUGGGUUGUUUCAUUCACUUUUACGGGGAUCUUGGACAUGACUACCCUACACCCUCCAACAGCCAUCUUGUUGGCCUGUGCACUGGUGUUCUGAGCUGCACGGCUGUAAGUUGCGCCAGAAAUGUUGGAGAGCUUAUUCCAGCUGCAGUGGAAUCGGUUGUAAUUGCACUGCGACUGGGAAUCUGCGUUUUUCGAGUUCGAGAACUGGUGGACUCCGCCGAUUCCGAGUCAACAUGCUGGUCAGCGUUGGUUUCUGGAAUCAGUGAAGCAGAGGCUAGCCACCUGAUCGACGAGUACAGUAGUAAGAAGGCUACUCCGCCUUCUUCGAAACCGUAUAUCAGCGCGGUAAGCUCUAAUGGCGUUACUGUCAGCGCACCACCUACGGUACUUGAUGAAUUCGUCGAGACCUGCAUUUCCAAGAAUUACAAGCCAGUGAAGGCCCCUAUUCAUGGCCCGUACCAUGCGCCACAUCUGUAUGAUGAUAAGGAUAUCGACCGCAUCCUGCAGCAGUCCUCUGCUCUAGAAGGACUGACCGGCUGUUCACCCGUUAUUCCCAUCAUCUCCAGUAACACUGGAAAGCCGAUCAAGGCCAAGUCCAUCAAAGAUCUCUUCAAGGUCGCACUGGAGGAGAUACUCCUACGACGACUAUGCUGGGACAAGGUCACGGAGUCCUGCACAUCAGUCUGCAAGACCGGCACAAACCACUCUUGCAAAUUGUUUCCGAUCUCGAGUAGCGCCACUCAAAGUUUGUUCACAGUCCUCAAGAAGGCCGGUGUGAGCAUCAGCUUGGAGACUGGGGUAGGAGAGAUCGCGACGAACCCAGAAAUGCGGAACCUUACUGGCAAGGCAGAAAAUUCAAAGAUUGCUAUCAUUGGUAUGUCUGGAAGAUUUCCUGACUCGGAUGGUACGGAGAGCUUCUGGAACCUCCUGUACAAAGGACUCGACGUACAUCGCAAAGUCCCCGCAGACCGUUGGGACGUUGAUGCCCACGUCGACAUGACCGGGUCAAAGAGAAACACAAGCAAAGUGGCUUACGGUUGCUGGAUCAACGAACCCGGCCUGUUUGACCCCCGAUUCUUCAACAUGUCGCCUCGGGAAGCACUCCAAGCAGAUCCUGCACAACGUCUUGCGUUGCUUACAGCGUACGAGGCUCUCGAGAUGGCUGGCUUCAUCCCGGAUAGCUCUCCAUCGACGCAGAGGGACCGUGUGGGUAUUUUCUACGGAAUGACCAGUGACGACUACCGUGAGAUCAACAGCGGCCAGGACAUUGAUACCUAUUUCAUCCCUGGCGGUAACCGAGCAUUUACGCCGGGUCGGAUAAACUACUACUUCAAAUUUAGCGGCCCCAGUGUGAGCGUUGACACAGCGUGCUCGUCUAGUCUUGCUGCUAUCCACAUGGCUUGCAAUUCGAUCUGGAGAAAUGACUGCGAUGCCGCCAUCACUGGAGGUGUGAACAUUCUGACCAGCCCUGACAACCACGCCGGUCUGGAUCGGGGCCAUUUCCUGUCCACCACUGGCAACUGUAACACCUUUGAUGACGGCGCCGACGGCUACUGUAGAGCGGACGGAGUUGGAAGCAUCGUUUUGAAGCGGCUUGAAGAUGCCGAGGCCGACAACGACCCGAUCCUGGCCGUCAUCAACGGUGCUUACACCAACCACUCGGCGGAGGCCGUGUCAAUCACUCGUCCCCAUGUUGGCGCGCAAGCAUUCAUCUUCAACAAGCUGCUCAAUGAUGCGAAUAUCGACCCUAAGGACGUGAGCUACGUGGAAAUGCAUGGCACUGGAACUCAAGCAGGUGAUGCAGUCGAAAUGCAGUCCGUUCUUGACGUCUUCGCACCAGACUACCGCCGGGGUCCCGGUCAAUCGCUUCAUAUCGGUUCUGCCAAGGCAAACAUUGGACACGGUGAAUCCGCAUCAGGAGUGACUGCUCUUGUCAAGGUCCUCCUAAUGAUGAGAGAGAACAUGAUUCCUCCUCAUUGUGGUAUCAAGACCAAGAUCAAUUCCAAUUUCCCGACAGACUUGGCGAAGCGCAAUGUUCAUAUCGCCUUCCAACCCACUCCCUGGAAUCGGCCAGCUUCAGGAAAGCGGCGAACUUUCGUCAACAACUUUUCUGCUGCUGGUGGUAACACUGCUCUUCUACUGGAAGAUGCUCCCAUACCGGAACGCCAAGGGCAGGACCCCAGGUCGUUCCAUUUGGUCUCCGUGUCAGCAAGAUCCCAGUCUGCAUUGAAGAACAACGUCGAAGCUCUGGUGAAGUACAUUGACUCUCAGGGCAAGUCCUUUGGUGUGAAAGAGACUGAAUUCCUUCCAAACCUGGCGUACACGACCACCGCACGCCGUAUCCACCAUCCCUUCCGUGUCAUUGCGGUUGGAGCGAACCUACAAUCACUGCGUGACUCGCUGCAUGGUGCUUUGCACCGUGAGACAUAUACCCCAGUUCCCUCAACGGCUCCUGGUAUUGGUUUCGUCUUCACCGGCCAAGGAGCCCAAUACUCCGGAAUGGGCAAGGAACUCUACCGCAGUUGUUUCCAAUUCCGAACCACCAUUGAGCAUUUUGACUGCAUCGCAAGAAGCCAGGGCCUUCCUUCUAUCCUUCCUCUUGUCGAUGGAAGCGUGGCUGUCGAAGAACUUAGCCCUGUCGUGGUACAAGUGGGAACUACCUGUGUACAAAUGGCUCUAGUAAAUUACUGGACUGCUCUGGGUGUGAAGCCGGCCUUUAUCAUCGGACACAGUCUUGGAGACUAUGCAGCCCUUAACACGGCCGGUGUUCUAUCCACCAGCGAUACAAUCUAUCUUUGUGGCCGGCGUGCUCAGUUGCUGACGAAGGAAUGCAAGAUUGGGACACAUUCGAUGCUGGCCAUCAAGGCGUCCCUGGCAGAGGUCAAACAUUUCCUCAGAGACGAGCUCCACGAAGUCUCUUGUGUUAACGCACCUGCGGAGACCGUCGUCAGCGGCCUUGUCGCUGAUAUCGACGAGUUGGCUCAGAAAUGCUCCACAGAGGGUUUGAAGUCAACCAAGCUCAAGGUUCCUUACGCGUUCCAUUCCUCUCAGGUUGAUCCUAUCUUGGAGGCCUUCGAAGAUAUUGCCCAAGGUGUCACCUUCCACAAGCCGACAACACCUUUCGUCUCAGCCCUGUUCGGGGAAGUGAUCACCGAUGCUAACUGGGAGUGUCUCGGCCCCAAGUACCUGCGCGAUCAUUGCAGAAAGACGGUCAACUUCCUUGGCGGCGUGGAGGCUACGAGGCAUGCGAAGCUGACCAAUGACAAGACUCUGUGGGUUGAGAUCGGCUCACAUACCAUUUGCUCUGGAAUGAUCAAAGCAACUCUUGGACCGCAAGUUACAACGGUUGCAUCUCUACGCCGCGAAGAAGAUACCUGGAAGGUCCUUUCGAACAGUCUUGCGAGCCUUCAUCUGGCGGGUAUUGAUAUCAACUGGAAGCAAUAUCACCAGGACUUUAGCUCCUCUCUCCAGGUCCUCCGCCUCCCAGCCUACAAGUGGGAUCUCAAGAACUACUGGAUUCCCUAUACCAACAACUUCUGCCUGAGCAAGGGCGCUCCAGUUGCGACAGUAGCGGCAGGGCCACAGCAUGAGUACCUGACAACCGCGGCUCAGAAGGUCAUUGAGACUCGAAGUGAUGGAGCAACAGCUACAGUCGUGAUAGAGAACGACAUUGCUGAUCCCGAGCUCAACCGCGUCAUUCAAGGCCAUAAGGUCAACGGUACUGCUUUGUGUCCCUCAUCACUAUAUGCCGACAUCUCUCAAACGCUUGCAGAGUAUCUCAUCAAAAAGUACAAGCCUGAGUACGACGGACUUGGACUGGAUGUGUGUGAGGUCACAGUGCCACGACCACUGAUUGCGAAAGGCGGACAGCAGCUCUUUAGAGUAUCUGCGACAGCGGAUUGGGCGGAGAAGAAGACAACCCUUCAGAUAUAUUCAGUCACUGCGGAGGGGAAGAAGACGGCUGACCACGCAACUUGCACUGUCCGAUUCUUUGACUGCGCUGCUGCGGAGGCGGAAUGGAAACGAGUUUCCUACCUUGUCAAGAGGAGCAUUGACCGACUGCAUGAUAUCGCCGAAAAUGGUGACGCUCACCGUCUUGGUAGAGGCAUGGUUUACAAACUCUUCGCUGCCUUGGUUGAUUAUGACGACAACUUCAAGUCCAUUCGCGAGGUUAUUCUUGACAGUGAACAGCACGAAGCGACUGCACGCGUCAAGUUCCAAGCACCACAAGGCAAUUUCCACCGAAACCCGUUCUGGAUUGACAGUUUUGGACACCUGUCUGGGUUCAUCAUGAACGCAAGCGAUGCAACCGACUCCAAGAACCAGGUCUUUGUCAAUCACGGAUGGGACUCCAUGCGUUGUUUGAAGAAGUUCUCGCCUGAUGUCACCUACAGGACUUAUGUUAGAAUGCAGCCUUGGAAAGACUCCAUCUGGGCUGGUGAUGUCUACGUUUUCGAUGGGGAUGAUAUCGUUGCGGUGUAUGGUGCAGUCAAGUUCCAAGCCUUAUCACGCAAGAUUCUCGAUACGGUCCUACCUCCAGUUGGGGCUUCGAAGGGCCCCGCCAGACCAGCCGCUAGCGCUCAGAAGGCGGCCCCUGCUGCUGCUGCCAGCAAGAGUCGUGCUAGCGCCCCGGCCCCGGCGAAGCCUGCUGCUAAGCCCAGCGCCCCAAGCUUGGUCAAACGGGCACUUACCAUCCUCGCAGAGGAAGUGGGUCUGUCUGAAUCCGAGAUUACGGAUGAUCUGGUCUUCGCAGACUACGGUGUGGACUCCCUUCUUUCGUUGACGGUCACGGGCAGGUAUCGUGAAGAGCUGGAUAUCGAUCUCGAAUCCUCCAUCUUCAUCGACCAGCCGACCGUGAAAGACUUCAAGCAGUUCUUGGCCCCAAUGAGCCAGGGAGAAGCCAGCGAUGGGUCCACCAGUGACCCAGAGUCUAGUAGCUCCUUCAAUGGUGGCUCUUCAACAGACGAGUCCAGUGCUGGGUCCCCUGUCAGCUCACCACCAAAUGAGAAGGUUACGCAGGUCGAGCAGCAUGCUACGAUAAAGGAGAUUCGCGCCAUUUUGGCCGAUGAGAUUGGUGUUACGGAGGAGGAGCUGAAGGACGAUGAGAACUUGGGAGAGAUGGGGAUGGACUCUCUGCUUUCGCUUACGGUGCUUGGUAGGAUCCGUGAGACAUUGGAUCUGGAUCUACCGGGCGAGUUCUUCAUCGAGAAUCAAACUCUGAAUGACGUGGAGGAUGCAUUGGGCCUCAAACCCAAGGCAGCUCCUGCGCCUGCGCCUGCGCCUGCUCCCGUACCCGCACCCGUGUCCGCGCCCAUAUUGAAGGAGCCUGUCCCCAACGCAAACUCUACCAUCAUGGCCCGGGCGAGCCCGCACCCUCGAUCAACCUCCAUUCUGUUGCAAGGAAACCCGAAAACCGCGACCAAGACCCUGUUCCUGUUCCCUGAUGGGUCUGGCUCCGCAACAUCGUAUGCAACCAUUCCCGGAGUGUCCCCGGACGUGUGUGUCUACGGAUUGAACUGCCCGUACAUGAAGACUCCAGAGAAGCUCAAGUAUCCCCUUGCUGAGAUGACAUUCCCCUAUCUGGCCGAGAUCCGCCGCAGACAGCCCAAGGGCCCGUACAACUUCGGUGGAUGGUCUGCAGGUGGUAUUUGCGCCUAUGAUGCCGCUCGCUACCUAAUCCUUGAAGAGGGCGAACAGGUUGACCGAUUGCUUCUUCUUGACUCGCCCUUCCCCAUUGGCUUAGAGAAGUUGCCCACUCGGCUGUACGGCUUCAUCAACUCAAUGGGUCUCUUUGGUGAAGGCAACAAGGCUCCCCCGGCCUGGUUGCUCCCUCAUUUCCUGGCCUUCAUUGAUUCCCUCGAUACCUACAAGGCCGUCCCCCUCCCCUUUGACGAUCCGAAGUGGGCCAAGAAGAUGCCAAAGACAUUCAUGGUCUGGGCCAAGGACGGUAUCUGCAGCAAGCCGGAUGACCCGUGGCCCGAGCCGGACCCGGACGGCAAGCCGGACACGAGAGAGAUGGUCUGGCUCCUCAAGAACCGGACCGACAUGGGACCCAACAAGUGGGACACACUCGUCGGGCCCCAAAACGUCGGUGGAAUCACUGUGAUAGAGGGUGCGAAUCAUUUCACCAUGACUUUGGGACCCAAGGCUAAAGAAUUGGGCUCGUUCAUUGGCAACGCCAUGGCCAAUUAA